AUGUCGAAAAAAUACUUCGAACGUUCAUGUUCCGAAUGGAAUAUUGUGGGAUUCUUGAGCGAAUGUGAAGAGAGACAGUUCAAUGAAUUCGAUGAGAAUAUAUCAUAUUAUAUUGCAAGUCUUGAAACUAUAUCUAAAGAAGAAGGACUCAGAAGUGAAAAAGCCCAAGCUUUGCUCGAUCGAUAUAAAAAGGCGAAUACUGGGUUUUUUGGGGGGUGGGCUGACUCGGUACCGGCCCUGUUGGAGCACAAACAAUUUCCUGAGGAUCCUAAACCCGACUACAAAAUUGCACGAAACUGGGAGUCAGGACAUACUAGGAAGCAAGUUUAUCUCUACAAUCCGACAUUCAUUGGCCAAGGUAUUGGAAGUAUAAGUGGCGGAACAUCUGGAACUAUAAAUGGGCUCAUUGUUGAAUCUUCAAAGAGAGAGGCUCCGGUUCCUGAAAAUCAGGACUAUAAUAAUAAUAAAGUUCCCAAAUACAAAAAAGCAAAAAUUGAAGAUUGGUUUCGGCCCUGUACUCCGCCACAUCAAACCUAUUCGCGAAAUGCUUACCCUCAUUGGGUCCAGGAAACUCCACAGAAUGUGACGGAAGCUGUCUACAAAAUAAUCGAAAAAAUAAAAUCCAUUAACUACCAAUUAUUUGAUUACAAAAUCAUCAACCUUUCAGAGCGAAAUAUCACAAAUCCCGUUAAUAAAUUAUCAAGUUCUGAAAAACAUACCCUAAAGGAUAUUUGGAACUCGUUAGAGCCAUCUGAUCAAUCAAAAACAAUCCGUCUUGAAAAAUGGAAAAAGAUUAUAAAUCCCCUUGUACAAAAGUACCAAUCUUAUUUAGAAAGUAAAUCCGUAUUCGACGUAAUUUCCUUGAGUGAUACUAUUGAAGUCGUUCUUGAAAAACCAUAUACCGGAGAAUUUAUUCAUAAAGAACAUUAUGAUCUCAUAUGGGUACAGGAUAUUUAUAAACGAUUUCUAUUUCUUUUCGAUGCACCCACCAACUUACUAUUGGAUCCGGAUCAAUGUGAACUUUCUUAUCGAGAAAAUUUUGUAAAUCCCAUUAUUGUUAAAGUUUUUGACGACAUCAUGGAUUUAAUCAAGGUAAAAACAGGGGAAGUAGAAAAUUUGUCAAACAAAAUGCAGAGAAAUGAAACCAUGCAAUAUAAGCAACGGGUUAGCAUUGGAUGUUCCCAAGAUGGGAUAUAUUCAAUUAACGUAAAUGCUGUUGUUUUGGAAGUAGGAUUCUUAGAGGUUAUCGGCAAUGCCCUCUACACUGAUAUCAAAAAAUUAAACAAUGACACCGAAAAAGUGUUGAAGUGUAUGCAAAUUUCUAUUCAUUAUCAACGUCAACACUAUUUAUCACGUGGGGUUACUGAACAACAAGUAUCCUUUGUUGAAUCAUAUGGAAUUGUCGUCUACCAGCGAACGUUUACAAUUUAUGUAAUGCAUCGAACAAGUGAAGGUCUAUAUGUUGUUGAUACUUUAACUGAAUUUAAUAUACCAAAUACCAAGGAUCAAUUGUACAUUUUGAAGGAAGUAAUCGAAAAUGUUUAUUUAUUUAAGAGUCGAAUAAUGGACUACUAUCUAAUGGUUCAGAAGAUCGUUCCUUAUACUAAAGUUCGUAUUGGCAUAAAUGAAUCACCUGUUGAAGUAUCACCCUCCAAAGCUUCGACUACUUCCGAUGCUUCAAAAACUUCUGAUUAG